AUGCUGAACCCGGAGCUGCCCGGGCUCCUGCUCCCGCUGCUGCUGCUGCUGCUGCUGCUGCCGGCGCGCUGUCCCGCCCGCGGCGCGCGCUUCGACCCCACCUGGGAGUCCCUGGACGCGCGACAGCUGCCCGCUUGGUUCGACCAGGCCAAGUUUGGCAUCUUCAUCCACUGGGGCGUGUUCUCCGUGCCCAGUUUCGGGAGCGAAUGGUUCUGGUGGUAUUGGCAAAAGGAAAAGAUACAAAAGUUUGUGGACUUUAUGAAAAAUAAUUACCCUCCUGAUUUCAAAUAUGAAGAUUUUGGACCACUGUUCACAGCCAAGUUUUUUAAUGCAGACCAGUGGGCGGAUAUUUUUCAGGCAUCUGGUGCCAAAUAUGUUGUCUUAACUUCCAAACAUCACGAAGGCUUCACCCUGUGGGGCUCCGCGCACUCGUGGAACUGGAACGCUGCAGACGAGGGGCCGAAGAGGGAUGUGGUCCAGGAGCUGGAGGGAGCCGUGAGGAACAGGACUGACCUGCGUUUUGGACUCUACUAUUCCCUUUUUGAGUGGUUUCACCCGCUCUUCCUUGAUGACCAGUCCAGCUCAUUCCAGAAGCGACAAUUUCCAGUUUCUAAGAUGCUGCCUGAGCUCUACGAGUUGGUGAACAAGUACCGGCCGGAGGUCCUGUGGUCGGAUGGCGAUGGGGGGGCGCCGGAUGGCUACUGGAACAGCACGGGCUUCUUGGCUUGGCUGUACAACAAAAGCCCAGUUCGGGACACGGUAGUCACCAAUGACCGCUGGGGAGCUGGGACCAUCUGCAAACAUGGGGGCUACUAUACCUGCAGUGAUCGUUAUAACCCAGGACAUCUUUUGCCACAUAAAUGGGAAAACUGCAUGACAAUAGACAAGUAUUCCUGGGGCUACAGGAGGAAUGCGGCAAUUUGUGACUAUCUUACAAUUGAAGAAUUGGUGAAGCAACUUGUAGAAACAGUUUCAUGUGGAGGAAAUCUUUUGAUGAAUAUCGGACCCACUCAGGAUGGCACCAUUUCUCCAAUUUUUGAGGAGCGAUUAAGGCAAAUGGGGACCUGGCUAAAAGUCAAUGGAGAAGCCAUUUAUGAAACCAGCACUUGGAGAUCCCAGAAUGACACAGUCACCCCAGAUGUGUGGUACACAUGCAAACCUAAAGAAAAAUCGGUCUAUGCUAUGUUUCUCAAAUGGCCCACAUCUGGACAGCUGUUUCUUGGCCAACCCAAAGCUAUUUUGGGGUCAACAGAGGUUAAACUGCUGGGACAUGGACAGCCACUCAAAUGGACCUCUUUGGAGAAAAACGGCAUUGUGGUGGCACUGCCACAUCUACCCUCUCACCAGAUGCCCUGCAGGUGGGGCUGGGCCCUAGCGCUGACCAACGUGAUCUAACGUGCAGCACAGCGGCUCAUGCUGCAGGUGUAGCUAACACUAGAAAAUGUCAGGCUUCUGUAAUUACAGCACACGGAGAAAGCAAAUGUAAAACAGGUCAAGAACAGUCAAGUACUUAUUUAGGCAAUAUGGCCCUGUCCCCUCCGACUCCCUAAACUUCCUCCUAAAUUACCCACGUCCCUGUUGUACCUCUCCAGGGCACUGUGUGUGCAGAGCAGGCCUUGCCAAGGUGUGUCGCUUCGGCACGUGCAUUAUCUCCAGCUGCAGGCCAUCACGAUCCCGCAGGCUCACGGGAAAC